AAUUGCUACAUUUAUGGUGAUGAGACGUAUCGAGAAGCUGAGGUAUUGAAUCGAGGGGGCUUUAGGCAAUUGAAUUAUAUAAGGGUGUGGUGGCGAAAACCAUUUUUCACAUCGUCACUCCAAAAAAGUGCAAUGUUUCAAGCUACCGGCACAGCGUCUCUGGCCAUGCCUGUAGUGUUUCCCUAUUCAUGGAGACGACCACUUAUCCUUCCUCUCCGGAACCCAAAGACCAUCAAGCCUCUCGCAUGUCUCGAUCUGGAAGUAGGAAAUAGAAUGAGUGGGUUCCAUGACACUGAACUUAAAGUUCGUGAUUAUGAAUUGGAUCAGUUUGGUGUCGUGAACAAUGCUGUUUACGCAAACUACUGUCAACACGGUCGACACGAGUUUUUGGAGAGCAUCGGUAUAAACUGUGAAGAAGUGUCCCGCUCUGGUGAAGCCUUGGCAAUUUCUGAGCUAAAAAUAAAGUUCCUUGCACCUUUACGUAGUAGAUACAAGUUUGUGGUGAAAACGAGGAUAUCGGGGACAUCUGUAGCGCGAAUUUACUUUGAACAAUUCAUCUUUAAACUUCCAAAUCAAGAGCUUAUAUUGGAGGCAAAAGGAACAGCUGUGUGGCUUGACAACAAAUACCGUCCUGCUCGUAUCCCAUCUUAUAUACGCUCUAGUUUCGUUAAUUAACUUUCAACGUCAAGACGUCGAUGUUUAAUUCAUUCCCGCAUUUUAUGAUGCAGUCACUACACAAGAAUGAGUACAUCUUAUGAAUUGGUAUUGUUGUUUAUAUGUUGUAAACGGCGUGAUUUUUAUUGUCAUCUAAUUUAUAAAAUAAAUUUAUAUUGAAAUGAUGUAAACGUCUUCAAGGUUUUUUAAACAUUCAAUAUUCGGUUCAAGAUGUUAAACACUGA